GAGGACGCCUAUAAGGGGAGAGGAGUGGAUGGGGUCUGACACGCUAAUUAGAGCACGUAGAUAAACCGCUGCCAUUUAAUGCGUGAGAAACAGAAGAUCUGAAUCUCCUCACAUAUCAGCUACAGCUUUCUCGGGAAUCACUAUAGGAAAAUGGUUUCUCAGUUAGAAAAUGCAAUGGACAGCCUUAUCAAAGUGUUCCACACUUAUUCUUCCAAAGAAGGGGACAAAUACAAACUGAGUAAAGCUGAAAUGAAAAGUCUUCUACAAGGAGAGCUAAAUGACUUCUUAGCUGCAAGUAAAGAUCCACUGGUUGUGGAGAAGAUAAUGUCUGAUCUGGAUGAGAACCGAGAUGGGGAAGUGGACUUCCAGGAAUUUGUAGUUCUGGUGGCAGCACUUACUGUGGCGUGUAAUGAUUUCUUUGUUGAGUGUAUGAAACGCUGAUGCCUAUUCAGGUCAUCUGAACUACUUUGUCUGCUUUAAUAAAAAUGUGUUGCACUGAG